AUGGAUAAAGUUGACAGGCAAAUUAGUGAUUUAGAAACCAGAAUUAAAGAAGAAGAACAAUCAUGUGAAUUUAGUGGUAGUGCCGUGGAGGAUAUAAAUAAUAAACAACAGCAGUUUGACACAAUGUUGAAAAAUAUAAAACAUAUAACAACAACAGAAGAUGCACAUGUCGCCAAGGAAUCGAAACUUCAGGCGGAGAUAGCGGAUCUAAAAUGCCGUAGGCUGGACAAUCUUCAGUUUUUUAGAAUCCCUGAAGAAGAAAAAAAAGAAAACCGUGAAAACAAAAUUUUGGAUUUUAUUGUCACAAAACUACAUAUAGAAAAUGCAAAAGGGGCCAUUAAGAUUCACAGGGCACACAGAGUGGGAGCUUUCAGACAAGACAAGGCGAGACCCAUUGUGGCUAAGUUUGCUUUUUUCCCUGAUAAGGAAAGGGUGCGGAAGGCAGCCAAUCAGCUAAAAGUAACCCCAUUUGGGAUCGCCGAACAAUAUCCCCCGGAAAUAAUGGAGAAACGAAGAAAGCUGGUUCAGAUUAUGAGGGCGGCACAAUCAGAGAGAAAGGAAGCCUAUAUUAAGGUCGACAGGUUGUUCAUCAACAAACAGCUGUACGUCGAAUAG